UCACCACAAACAAGCAAAUAGCCACUCAAUCAACAACAACAAGGAAAAAACAAUACAAACUUCAUUUAAAUUCUAGCCACUUUUGUUCUAAUUUUCUUCUUUCUUUACAAAAUGGAGAAAAGUGAAUCAACCAAAGUUGAUGUUGUGGAAAACACCAAAGAAAGGAAAGGAAAAGCCCCACUAUUGGGAACAGCUGCUCCUGUUGCUGCUACUGCUGCAGCUGCAAGUGCUACUCAUGCAAAAAGAAGUGCUAAAAGAGGCAUUGCAAUUUUUGACCUCAUUUUAAGAAUAGCCGCUUUUGCGUCCGCAUUAGGUGCUACUGUUGCAAUGGCUACUACUGAUGAAACUCUGCCCUUUUUCACUCAAUUCUUUCAGUUCGAAGCUAGCUAUGACGAUCUUCCAACUUUCACGUUUUUUGUGGUAGGAAUGGGAAUAGUUGUUGCCUACCUUGUCCUCUCUGUACCUUUUUCAAUAGUGUGCAUUGUUCGACCUCAUGCGGUUGUACCCAGGCUACUACUCAUUAUAUUUGAUACGGUUAUCAUUGCAUUGACAACCGGUGCAGCAGGAUCAGCAGCAGCCAUAGUAUAUUUGGCUCACAAUGGAAACCAAGAUGCAAAUUGGCUAGCAAUUUGCCAACAAUUUGGCGAUUUUUGCCAAAGGGCCAGUGGAGCCGUGGUGGCUGCCUUUGUCACGGUGGUUAUCUUGAUUCUCCUGGUCGUUCUGUCUGCUUCAUCUCUUCGAAGACACUAAAAAUGAGUUCGUCUUUAUGAAAAAAAUAUUCACUACUUUGCACAACGCCUUCAUUUACAUGUCUCUAUAUUUCGAAAUUAGGCAAAAUGGUGAAAAGUACUUGGUAUGUCAUCCUUGUAUAUUGGAAAAAAAAAAGAAUAAUAGUGCUAUUGGAUUUUAUUGUUGAUGUCUUUCCUUUGUUUUGUUAAGGUGUGGAUCUUGUGUUUCUGUCUUUAUUUAAAAGGGGAAAUUUGAAAAGUCUUGUAAAUCACAUUGGUAAAUUCAGGGAAUUUAUGUUCCAAAAUCCAAAUUAUGUUGUAAUUUUCAAAGUGAAUUUUGUAUGUGGUACUUUUCACCCCAUGACCCAUGUAUUAUGUCUCAAUUCCUAUAUUCAUCUUUUGUUGUCUGUCUAA